AUCAUCAGUCCUCCGUGUUCCGUGCACUCGAGCGCAAGCUUCUGACAAAUGCUGUGUAAAAUCAGUUCUGCGUGUGUUUUGUGAUCUUAGUUAUAUGAUAAUGUACAACACAGUGAGGAAUAUUUUGUGGCAAUUGGUACUGUUGUUAUGUGUUCUGCUGUAUCCAACAGCAAGCGUUCCCCAAUCAGACGGUACCAUUCAACGCGAAGGGUUGGAUUUGCAAAAGUGUGGCGUACCGAAAAUAGCCUUGCGCAGUCGAAUCACGGAUGGUGGGGUCGCCGACGAGGGGCACUGGCCAUGGCAUGGUGGAUUGUUUCAUCUUAACGACUACCAGUGCGGAUGCACAUUGAUCAAUGAGCUGUUUGUGCUUACGGCAAGCCAUUGCGUGUACAACAGUGACACGGGGUAUAAGAUUAGUGAAAAACUGGUGCGUGUCAGGCUGGGCAUGCACCGUUUGUCGGCGAACGGCAGUAGUGCGGUGCAAACGUACAUGGUGCAGAAGAUCAUACCACACACCAAGUUUGUGCCGAACACCCACAAGCAUGACGUGGCAUUAUUGCGGCUCAACGGUACGGUGCAGUUUACGAAUUAUAUUCAACCAGUUUGUCUCGAUCUGACCGAAUCGAUAUGGGUUGAGUAUCUUGCGGACGUGUACGGGACGGUUGUAGGCUGGGGUCUCACGGAGAAAAAUCGCAUCUCCGACCAGCUGCUAAAGGCCGAGCUACCGAUAGUACGCUAUACGGACUGUGUCGAAAGCAACCCUGACCUCUACGGCCGGCUCAUCUAUAGCGGAAUGUACUGCGCGGGAAUUUUGAACGGUACAAGCCCAUGCAACGGUGACAGUGGUGGUGGAAUGUACAUCUUCCGCGAGAAUCGGUGGUUUCUCCGGGGAGUGGUUUCGUUUUCGGGCAUCCGUGAAGGUACAAACUACUGCGACUCGUUUAGCUACGUUGUGUUUAUGAACGUGCCGUACUACGCCAAAUGGAUUGGCACUGAGGUGGAUGCGGCACGGCAGGAGCUGCUGCAAGCAACCACUACCACCGCUGCACCUCUCGUUUCCAACAGAUGGGAUUCCGAUCUAGGCGAGGAUGACUAUGAGGAGGAUGACAUCUAUUCGCUUCGGAUGGAAUUGGAAGGUGAACAGUUUGCCGUAGCUUCACGGAUGGCUGGGAAUGGACGAACAAAACAAAGCAUGCGUACUGUGCGCUGUGGGCAAAGUGUGACACUCUCCUGCAAAAGAUCGGCUAGACUGGCGCACAAGACGAUCCGGUGGUACAGGGUGGAGAACGGAGAACGGACAUUUUUGAUUGAGAAUGAAACGCUCGUUUAUCGUGAUGUGCGCUAUCAGCAUGCCGGCGAAUAUUGGUGUCAGGUGACGGGCGACAACGGUGUAAUGCAUGAAACGGGACUGCAGCUUACCGUGACGCGAGUUCCGAUCCACUUCCAACAGGACGCGAAUGUAUCGUACGCCGUUUAUGACGCGGUCGUGGACAACCGGAGGUCCAGCCAGUUCAGCUUCGAGAUGACCUUUCGAACGAACGACUCGGAUGGGCUACUGUUCCACAAGCCUCCAAUAGCUGGCGUGGAGAGCUGGAGCUUCUCAUUGCUGCUCGAACGGAGCCGGCUAACGCUGCGAGUUGUUCCGCCUGGUCAGUUGGAAAAGGUUUUCCGAAGCGUCAAGCUGAACCUACAUCCUACCCGGUGGCAUACGGUGUUGGUAAGCAGCUACGAUGGCAAGGGACUGAUGGCACUGGAUGGCCAAUAUCUGCUGGGAUUCGAGGGACAUCUAUUGCAGCAUCGUUCCGAUCGUUUCUUCAUUGCCAGCGUACCCGAACUACGAACGGUUGGAUUCAGUGGGUGUGUGAGCCGAUUGAUGAUAAACGAUAGGGUGCUAGACCUCGAGCGGGACUUUAUCGAGCGGGUCAAUGUAGGGCAGUGCAGCACGUGCAGUGCCGAAGAAUGCACCGCGGAUCUGUGUCCUGGGGCACAGGAACAGAAAUCCUGCAUAAAUUACGUCUGUAGCGAGGGACGAUGUGACGGUUCGGAUGUUUUGAGGCCCGAGGGCGACUGUGAUUUGGACGCAGUAGCGCACACCCAGGGACUGCGGUUCCAGCACAAUAGUUACGCUUCUUAUCGGAGUUUUCUGCUGGUGGCACUGACAGUAGAUUUGCAGUUUCAGCUUCGCAGCACGAACGAUGGCAUCGUACUUCACGCCGCCGAGCACCGGCGGGGUUUUGGCAAAUUUAUUACGAUAGUGGCGAAAGCAGGACGGCUCGAGUUGCGAUUUACGACCGAUGCACAUCUGCAUACGAUCUAUCUCGAGUCCAGCGUCAAGCUGACGACGGGCAGAUGGUAUCGAUUGCAAGCCGGAUACCGGGACGGCUACGUCUAUCUGCAGGUGGACGAUGAACUGGAGGUAGCGCGGAGCGUGCUCGGGACGGUGUUCCCUACCGACCGGCAGCUGAUUGUGUUCCUCGGUGGAGUACGUUGGCAGGGUUUCAUAAACCGACACAAGGAUGUGAAACAGGGGCUGGAUGGGUGCGUGAAAGAGUUCAAACUUUCCGGACUUCCGGUGGAUCUGGUGGACGAUAUGGUCGAGUCUGCAAAUGUACGCAGCUGCCAGGACCAAAAGGAGCCAAAGGCAACGUUACCAUAGCUGAAGGGCGCUGUGGUAUUUGCCGCCAUUUCCAUUUCAAAGUAAUUAAAUUCCCAUUCUGGGUCUGAUUGCAAUGCAGCGUUUGCACUACGAGUCUAGCACGCGGUUCGGUUUCACCCAUGGGCAAUGGAGAAAAACCGCAUAGCAAACCGCAUCUCAUUCAUUUCCCUGCAGCUGGUCACACAUUUGGCAGGGAUUCAUUUAGGUGUGGAUUCAUUUAGGUUUCGAAUAUUGGGCACCCACAUCCAUGGGCACACACAUACAUACAAACGCCAUUGCCAUUAACCCAUUUUAGUUAACAUUAUAAAUAAACGCCAUGAUAAAUUUAAAACCAAUAAAGUAAGCAGCAACAAGAA